AUGGCUCCUGUUCUAACUCGGGUCAAGAAAGAGCAACUACGAAAACGCCGUAACAACCUGCUUCGCCGUCACAAUGAAUUUUGGCUUUUGUAUGGGAUCAAAAGCUGGCUGGUUAUGGAGCUCCCAGACGGUCAAAUCGUGACCUACCAUUCUCACCCGAACAGCACUCCACCAUCAGCAGAAGAUAUGAAGAGAAACCGCGCCAAGCCCCCCUAUCGUCAAAACAUCUCGCGAUUAUGA